AUGCCGGUUCGGUGCCGCUUUCGAGCGGAGUGGGACUUCAGCCGUUGCUGCGAUGCUUCACGUCCGGAACUACUGGAUUCCACAUGCUUCCGCCUACAGACGCCAGAGGGGCGCGACUAUGCCAUUCAGCAUUGCUGCGACGAUCGCCAGGGCCUCCGGGAUCACAGCCGCAUCGUGCAAGCCGUGGUCGGGAUGGCUGGUUGCCUCUUCGACUGCCGGUGCCAUGAAAAGGCAAGCUUCGAUUGUGGCUGCGAAAAGUUUUUCUUGCGGGACAUGGAGCGCAUCGCAACCGAUCUCAGGAUUGCUCACCGCAACCGCUUCUGGCGAGCGGCUGGGCGAUGGAGUGUGGGCAACCGGUCAGCCCAUUGGAACAAUCGAAGUGCCAAUGCCAUAGUCCUGGACUGUUCCGAGAACAAGAGAAGCGGCCUCCGGAUGUUGGAGCAUGUUCUCUUGAGCUUUUCCGGGGCCACAGUCGUGCAGGGAACAGAAUCUCUCAAACUCCUUGACCAUGCUUUGGAUCGACACCAGCUCAUCUCGAAGCGUGAGUCCCGGACCCGACUGCGUGCGACACGCCGUAAGCUUCAUCCAGACCGCCUCCGAAAACGCUUUAAGCCGGAAGUCUGGGAACCAAUUCAUAUCGCCAUGGUUGCAUCCAUUGGUGAGCCAGUUAACGGGCGACGCGCGCUUGCAACAAUUCGGUCCGCCCUGUACCAUGCCGAGGAGAAGCCUUUGCACUUCCACCUUUUCGUGGAUCAGGCUGGCCGCGAAGACAUGGAGUCCGUCCUGCGAGACUGGCUUGAACCAGAGCUGCACAGACGAAUUGCUAAAAUUUCCUGGUAUGGUCCGGCCGAGUUCCCCCGAAUCUGGCAGAUCCUGCAUGCUCGUGUGCCUGCAGAGUGCAUGGAGGGAGCAGAUGGGUGGAAGGGUGAGUAUGGCUCACCCGGCUGGAUGAGGCUUUUUCCAGAAGAGGUGUUUAAGAAAGAGCCAGAACACCUUAUUUGGACAGACGCUGGUGAUUACCUUUUCUUUGCAGAUCCUGCCAAGCUUCUGCAGGAGCACUUGCACGUGGUAGGCAGCUCCAAAGCUGUCGCAACUUAUCCCUGGGAGAAUGUCUAUCCUUUGCAGAUCUUCGCUUUGCGGCAGAUGCGUGAGGUGCAGUGGUCUGCAACAGCGGAGGCACUGGUACGCCGGCUGCUGCCGCUGGAUUUCACACAUUUGUGCUACCGUGGCGAGGGCACAUCCAUGGAAGAGAUGACCAAGCAUUACCAGGACCUUUUUGCCCCGAUUUCCGCAGAGUGGGCACACGAGCCUUGGCUACCCAACUUCCAUCAAUCACUGGUGAGUAAGGAGCGAAAAGGAGGCUACUUGCACACCCCUUCUGUGUGGGAAGAUCGGGAGCACCCGGGCCUUAUCGAUCCCACUCAGGCGUUUGUUUUUUGCCCAACUACUGCUGAUCUGUUCAUACACUUCUUGGCGAUCUGGCUCCAUCCUCCAGUUUUCACCUUUGAGAUUGCUCAGCUCCUGGUGAUGAGCGGCGACUUGAUUGCAGAGCAGGAGCGGAUGCUCCGCCUCUAUCGAUGUGGAGCUCCUGUCAAAGGCAUGCAUCUGAUCCGGAACUUCCAUGACUGGGUGCCCUGGAGCCUUCGACUUCUCGACUUUUGGAGUCGACUCCCCGGCCUCUGGGGCUAUCGCAAGCGGAGCAUCCCUGCUCGCUUGGAUGAGCAGAGAACUAACCGCAGCGACAUGCGGAGUAAACAUCGACUGCGGAGUGUGCCAAUGCCCCGCAGCUAG